AUGGGUUGUUGGUAUUCACGAUUAGACCGAGAAGAAAUGGUGUCGAGAUGCAAGGCCCGAAAGCGAUACAUGAAGCAGCUGGUUAAGGCCCGACAGUCUUUCUCCGCCGCCCACAUCAUGUAUGUCCGGUCCCUCCGCAGCACCGGCGCCGCCCUCCUCCAGUUCGCCACCGCCGAAUCCACUCUCCACCACCAAACCCCACCGCCUGCCCCUCCCCUCCCCACCCCCACCCCACUCCCACCCCCACUCCGCCCGAUGAGCCCCAUCUCCUGGAGCACCACCACCACCUCCUCCUCCACCUCCGCCAUCCGGCCACCUCCACCUCCGCCUCCUCCACCGCCGCCACCUGUCCCGUCCGGAUCCACCUGGGACUUCUGGGACCCGUUCAUGCCGACUGCCGGACGGUCGGCCGACGAGGAGGAGUGGGAGGAUGCCGCCACUGCCACCACCACCACCACCACCACCACGGCCGCCGCCAACGUGGCUGGGCCGCCGUCGGUGGUGACCGCCACGACGACGACUGAAAACAGCGAGCUGGCGGUGGUGGUCUCGACCAAGAGCAAAGAUCUGGUCGAGAUCAUUCGAGAGCUCGACGAGUACUUUCUUAAGGCAGCAAAUGCUGCGGCCCCACUCUCGUUGCUACUGGAAGUCCCGGUUUCUAAUCUGGCAUCCUCGGGUAAGGAUUUUGGGUUGGGGAAGAGUUCGAGUGCGUUGCUGUGGAAUUGGGGAUCGGGCAGUGCGAGAUGGAAUGCGUUUGGAAAAUUCUGUGAGGAUCCUAAUGUGGGGACGUGUGUGGCUAGUGAUGGUAAUUCGAGUCAUUGUUCGACAGUCGAGAGGUUAUACGCCUGGGAGAAGAAACUCUACCAGGAAGUUAAGAACGCAGAGCAUUUGAAAUUGGAGCAUGAGAAAAAGACAGCAAUGUUAAGGAAACUGGAGAUGAAGAAUGCUGACUACAUCAAAACCGAGAAGGCCAAAAAGGAAGUCGAGAAGUUGGAAUCACAAAUGAUGGUUGCUUUACAGGCAAUCGAGACCACCUCUGCUGAGAUUAUUAAAUUGAGGGAAUCAGAGCUUUAUCCACAGUUACUUCAGCUAGUCAAGGGGUUGACGAGCAUGUGGCGGAGCAUGUACGAGUACCACCAGGUGCAGACUCACAUAGUCCAGCAGCUCCGAUACCUCGACUGCACCACCCCUUCCUUAGAGCCGACCUCCGAGAUCCAUCGCCAAACGACCCUCCGCCUGGAGCUCGAAGCCCAGCAGUGGCACCUCUCCUUCUGCAACCUCAUCCGGGCCCACCGCGAAUACAUCCAGUCCCUCUCCGGCUGGCUCCGCCUGACCCUCUUCCAAGUUGCCGGGCCCCGAGGCCCGGCCCGCAGAUCCACCCCACAGGACUCAUCCAUCUACCCCCUCCUGGAAGAGUGGCAGCUGGCGGUCAACAACGCACCGGACAAGGUGGCCUCGGAGGGCAUCAAGAGCUUCCUGUCGAUGAUACACGCUAUUGUGGUCCAGCAAGCGGAGGAGCAGAAGCAGAAGAGGAAGUCGGAGGCGGUGUGCCGGGAGCUGGAGAGGAAGGCCGGUGAGCUGAGGUCGUUGGAGACGAAGCAGCUCGGUUUGGACAACAAUCUGAGGGAGAAGAGGGGGAAGGUGGAGGGGCUGAGGGCGAGGGCUGAGGACGAGAGGGGCCGGCACGAGAAGGCAAUUGGGGUGACCCGGGCAGUUACGGUUAGCAAUCUGCAGAUGGGGCUGCCCCACGUGUUCCAGGCUAUGACGGGCUUUGCUAAUGUGUGCAAGCAGGCGUUUGAGUCUGUCCAGAAUGGGGCUCGUGCUGCGGAGGAUCUCCAUGGUGUAAAGUUGAUACUGCCCUCGGAGGUUUCUUGA